AAGUCAAUGAAGUCUUGUGAGGCUUAUCCACUCAACUGAUUUCAAUGGAGUGAAUCACCGAAGGGAUACGUUUAAACACAAAUAUCAUCAUCUCUCUAUUUAACUAAAAACUCUAAAAACCUUUUGUUCUCACUCAGUCUUUCCAUCUAUUCAUGUUCUUGGGCCAAAAAAGGGAAGAAAGGGACAGUGAAAAACACUGAAAAUGGCAGGCGGCGGAGUUAUGGACCCAAAGAGUGGGGGAAGGGCUCAUCUCUAUGAGUACAGAAUCACACCUUACUUCAUUUUUGCCUGCAUUGUUGGAUCCUUGGGGGGUUCUUUGUUCGGUUAUGAUCUUGGUGUUUCUGGAGGGGUAACCUCCAUGGAUGACUUCUUGGUGGAAUUCUUUCCCAGUAUCUAUCAGAGAAAACAGGAACAUCUCAAAGAAACAGAUUACUGUAAAUAUGACAAUCAGCUCCUAACGCUUUUUACCUCAUCUCUGUACUUUGCUGCACUUGUUUCGACGUUUGGGGCGUCGUACGUGACCAGAAAUAAAGGCCGUAGGGCUAGUAUCAUUUGUGGAUCAAUCAGUUUCUUUGCAGGAGCAAUCCUCAAUGCAUCUGCAAAAAACAUUGCAAUGCUGAUCAUUGGAAGACUAUUUCUUGGUGUUGGAAUUGGAUUCGGUAACCAAGCAGUCCCUUUGUAUCUUUCAGAAAUGGCGCCAGCGAAAAUAAGGGGUGCCGUUAACCAGCUCUUUCAGCUGACGACAUGCUUGGGGAUCCUCAUAGCGAACUUUGUGAAUUAUGGAGUGGAAAGAAUUCAUCCAUGGGGCUGGAGAUUGUCUCUUGGCCUGGCUGCAGUACCAGCUACUCUGAUGUUCGUUGGUGGGCUUUUCCUUCCAGAGACCCCCAACAGUCUUGUGGAACAGGGAAGAUUAGAUGAAGGCAGACAGGUAUUAGAGAAAGUAAGAGGCACCACUAAAGUGGAAGCUGAAUUUCAGGACCUUAUUGAUGCAAGCAAUGCAGCUAAGGCUAUAAAGCAUCCAUUCAGGAAUCUUUUGAGAAGGAAAAAUCGACCCCAAUUGGUCGUAGGAGCUAUUGGGAUCCCAGCUUUUCAACAGCUCACUGGGAAUAACUCCAUUCUUUUCUAUGCGCCAGUCAUAUUUCAGAGCUUGGGGUUUGGCUCAGGCGCAUCCCUAUAUUCAUCAGCCAUUACCAGUGCAGCCCUGGUCAUGGCCACUCUCAUAUCUAUGGCUUUGGUUGACAAGUUCGGUAGAAGAGCAUUCUUUCUUGAAGCUGGCUGUGAAUUGAUAUUCUGCUUCGUUGCAGUUGCCAUUACUCUGGCACUGAAGUUCGGUGAAGGCAAAACGAUACCUAAAGGGACGGGUAUCUUUCUUGUGAUCGUGAUCUGCAUAUUCGUUCUGGCUUAUGGGAGGUCUUGGCAGAGUGUGGUGGUCUGUGUCAACAUGAUCUUCACAGCACUGAUUGCUCAGUGUUUCCUAGCAGCUCUAUGUCACCUCAAAUACGGGAUCUUCUUACUGUUUGCGGGACUGAUUUUCACCAUGAGCUGCUUCAUUUUCUUCCUCUUGCCCGAGACGAAGCAGGUCCCGAUUGAGGAGAUAUAUUUGCUGUGGGAAAAUCACUGGUUCUGGAAGAGAUACUGUGGACCUGAUCAGGACUCUAAAGAUUUCUGCAAGCCAUCUUGCUGGAGCUGCUGCCCAAGUGUUGAAGUUCAAUUGCAGUUGUGAAGAUUGAAGAAGCAGAGUUUAUACAGGGAGGAAGAAGCAUACUCGUGCGACAGGGAAUACGUCUUUAGCUCUGUGGUUAAUACACAUCUUUAUUAGUCAUUGACGCCUUUUGUAUUGUUGUUAAGUUAAAUCAUAACAAUUAAAUUUAUCAAUUAA